GUUUUUGGAGUUUUAAUCAUUUCGUAAAUACUGUCCCUCGCUAGCUGCCGUACUGGACUACAAUUCCGCACCGGACUACAUUCUCCAUGAGUGACGCGAGGAGCGCCGCUGAACUCUCAUCAACACACAAACGAGACGAAUAAUCACAAACAACCGAGUUUGGAGGAAGAUGAGGGUGAAGGAGAUCCUCAGGACGGCGGCACAGGCAUGGAGUCCUGCCAAACAGCAUCCCGCGUACCUGGCUUUAGGCACCGCAGCGCAGCAGUUAGACGCGUCUUUCAACACCAGCUCUGCUCUGGAGAUCUUUGAGAUGGAUUUUGCUGAUACAUCCAUGGAGAUGAAGCUCAGAGGAACUCUGCCCACCUCCAACAGGUUUCACAGUCUGAUCUGGGUGGCGUUUGAUAUGGAUGUCACGUCGGGUUCGUCGGGGCGGCUCAUCGGAGGUUGCGAGAACGGAAGCGUGACCGUCUUCGGCCCGGAUGUCAUUCUCGCCGCGGGAGAGGACACCGUGAUCGGACAGUCCAACAAACACACGGGGCCCGUGCGCGCCCUCGACUACAACCGCUUCCAGAGUAAUCUCAUCGCGUCAGGAGCCAAUGAUUCAGAAAUAUACAUCUGGGACUUGAACAACUUCAGUAAUCCGAUGACACCGGGCACGAAGUCACAGCUCUGUGAGCCAGCGGAGGACGUCAGCGUGGUGGCGUGGAACAGUCAGGUGCCGCACAUACUGGCAUCCGCCAACCCCAGCGGGAAAGCCGUCGUCUGGGAUCUGAGGAAGAACGAGCCCAUCAUCAAAAUCAGUGACCACAGCAACAGGAUGCACUGCUCUGGGAUGUUGUGGCAUCCAGAUGUGGCCACUCAGCUGGUUCUGGCAUCAGAAGACGACAGACUUCCUGUGAUACAGAUGUGGGACCUCCGUUUUGCGACCUCGCCACUUAAAGUCCUGGAGAAUCACACCAGAGGGAUUCUGUCCAUCUCAUGGUGUCAAGCAGAUUCAGAGCUUCUGCUGAGCAGCGGCAAAGACAACCGCAUCCUGUGCUGGAACCCAAACACCGGAGAGGUGAUUUACGAGCUGCCAACAGCCAAUCAGUGGUGUUUCGAUGUGCAGUGGUGUCCUCGUAACCCCGCCCUCCUGUCAGCCGCAUCAUUUGAUGGACGGAUCAGUGUGUACUCUGUUAUGGGUGGGCGUCUUCAACAGCACCAGCACAGCACAGUGGACCAGAUCUCGGCCUCGUUUGACACCAACGACCCGUUUGGAACCGGUCAAGCUCUUCCGCCUCUGCAGGUGCCUCAACCCGCAGUCGAGACCACCAUCAUUCCUCCGCUAACAAAGCCGCCCAAGUGGGUGCGAAGGCCUGUAGGCGCCUCAUUCGCUUUCGGUGGGAAGCUGGUGACAUUUGAGAACCCUAAAGUGCAGCCGCACCCUCGACAGGUGCAGGUGAGUCAGGUGACCACAGAGACGGAGUUCCUCCAGCGCUCCACUGAGCUACAGGCCGCUCUGCAGUCCGGAUCCUUCACCAACUACUGCAAUAGUAAGAUCAUGAGCGCCCCCUCUGACGCAGAGCAGGACAUAUGGCGGUUCCUGAUGGUGAAUUUUGAAGAUGAAGCACGCGUGAAGUUUUUGCGGCUGCUGGGCUUCAGUAAAGACGAGCUGCAGAGGAAGAUCUCGGCGUGUUUGGGGAGGAAGCUUCAACCCAACGGUUUAGAUGUGAAUGAUCUGGCUGAGAAGAUGCAGACUCUUUCUGAUCAGAGAGCAGAUGAGUCUGCAGACAGUUUGUCUGGCCGUGAGUCUCCUGCUGAUUUCUUCCGUCAACUACCAAAGAAAGAGAAAGACAAAGAGCCCUUCCAGAUCCCCGUAUCCUCAGAUACGGACGGUUUGAUCAGUCAGGCUCUGUUAGUGGGGAACUUCGAGGGCGCGGUGGAUCUGUGCUUGAAUGACGGCCGUUUCGCAGAGGCCAUCCUCCUGUCAAUCAGCGGAGGGGAGGAGCUACUGAAGAAGACCCAGCAGCGCUACCUCAACCAACAGACCAACAGUGUCUCCAUGCUGAUCUCGUCAGUGGUGACGCAGAACUGGUGUAAUAUCGUCCAGAGCUGUGAGCUGGAGAACUGGAAGGAGGCGUUAGCGGCCCUGCUGACCUACGCUAACCCGGAGGAGUUCGCUCCUUUUUGCGAUACUCUGGGCGCCCGUCUGGAGGCUGAAGGCACAGAGAAACGCUGUCUGCAGGCCUGCCUGUGCUUCAUCUGCUCCGGGAACAUCGAGCGUCUGGUGGAGUGCUGGACGUCACAGAGAGACUGCUCGUCUCCGCUCGCGCUGGAGGACCUGGUGGAGAAGGUGAUGAUCCUGCGCAAGUCGAUCGAGCGUCUGCGUAACGGCGAGGUGUGCGUUCGGAGCUCAGCGCUGACGGAGAAACUCAUCCAUUACUCCAGCAUACUGGCGUCACAGGGCAGCUUGAGUACCGCACUCAACUACCUGCCCGACGACUCCGACCAGGUUGGUGUCCGGAUGUUGAGAGACAGACUGUCACAUGCGAAGGGUGAAGCUCUGCAGAGACAGCAGCCGUCUGCACCAGCAGGAGGCGCUACAGGAGCUCCGAACACGCACACUCCUCCAGCACACACACAGGGGUCGUACCCGUCCACACUCCCUCCUCAGAUGCCUCAUGUCCCGCCGCAGACGAUGCCCCGUCUCUUCACCCCUCAGACCCUUCCUGAUUCUGCUCCGCCUCCCGCUGGAGCGCCACGGCCCGGCCUGAGACCAGCCUACCCACAACACCCUGCCACAGCGCCAGGUUUCCCUCCCUCUCAGCCGUUUCCUCAGUCCGGGCCUCUCGGUGGUCCUGUGGGAUUCAUGUCAGGCCCAUCAAUGCCCUCCUCCAGCCUAGCGGGUCCUUCGGUGCCGCCCUCCUCUCCACCGGGACCCAUGAUGCCCCCUCCACCUGCCCCAGGGUUCAUGUCACCCACCUCUCUACCAGGCGGCCCGCUGCCCUUUUACCCAGGCGCUCCGCACACGCAGGGCCCCGCGCCGCCGCCCAGCGGGAUGUAUCCUCCUCUGGGAGCGGUUUAUCCUCAGGGCGGCCCCGGCGCUCCAGCGGCCAAGAGCUACACCGGCGCCGUCCCGCCUCCACCUCCACCGACAGGAUAUUUCCCAUGGCUGACCUACCAGGGACAAGAGGAAGCUGCUCAGGAUGGGUGGAACGACCCUCCAGCUGUUCGCGCAGGACAACGCAAGAAAAAGCUGCCAGAGAACUACACUCCACCUGCUCCGAUCACCGCACCGGUAAUGGGCUUCCCUACGGAGGCUCCUGUGCCGCAGGACCGAGUCCAGGUGCCGCCCGGAGCCCCUCAGGAGCCCAGCAUACAGUCUUUACAGCAGCUUCCCGCCGAGCGAGUGGAGCAGAAGGAAAUACCUGCCGAACACAUGAUCAUCAAGACCACCUUUAGCAGCCUGGUGCAGCGCUGUCAGCUGGCCGCCGCAGACCCGCAAACGAAGCGCAAACUUGACGAUGCCUCCAAACGACUUGAGAGUCUGUACGACAAACUCCGCGAACACGCGCUCUCUCCCAGCAUCCUCAGCGGCCUGCACGAGAUCAGCCGCUGCGUCAACGGCCGCAACUAUCUGCAGGGUCUGGAGGUUCACACGCAGGUCGUGAGCAGCAGCAACUUCAGCGAGAUCUCUGCCUUCAUGCCCGUCCUCAAGAUGCUCAUGACCAUCGGCAACAAACUGGCCGUGUGACGCCGCUUUCUGAACUCAGCUUUAAGAAUGAAUACAGCGUUAAUAUCCCACAGCUUGGUGUUUUCCUUCAUGCAAUGGGCCUUAUUCAUCCAACACAAGCAGAACGACUGUUCAGAAAACUAUUAGUGCGUGAAUUGAAUGCAAGAAUGAGUGUAAAACAUGAACGAAUUUGUGCAAAUUGUUGCAUUGAAUUCAAUGUGAGAAUCUUAAGAACGCGAGCAGGAACAGUUUAAGAAUAAGCCUUAAUACUGUUUAAAUUGUCGCAUUCAGUUUGAGUGAGAACACGAGCGUAAUUCGUCGUAAAAACGUUGCGUAAUGUGUUGAAUUGAACGCAACAGUUGCCUAAGAAUAGGCCUUAAUACUUAAUUUUGUUUAAAUCAUUUGUAAAAAUCAUUCUUACAUAAAUUGUUGCUUUCAAUUCAGUGUGAGACUGUAUGAACGGGCCUUCGUCGAGAAACACGAACAGAACGAUUCAAGCACAGAUUCGUUCUGAUCGCGUUUCAUGAAUGAGGCCCGGUGGGUUUUUUAUUAUUAAAGAUCUGACGCUGUCUGUAGUUUAGUCAUUGUGAUGAUUGAUUGAUUGUUAUUGGACGAAGAGGUUCAUUAUUGACUGAUUGAUGAAUUGCGGGGAUGUUUUUCUUGAUAGAGUUCGUUUGUGUGAAGGGUUGUUUUAUAUUUGCACUUGAGGCUUGAACCGCAUCCUCCAAACACUCCUGUAGAAAAGUGUGAAGCUUCUCCAGAUGUUCUUCAUCAAGGACUGUAUUCUGCUCUGAUGUGGUUCUCGACAUUUAUAGAGAUGGAAACAUGUAAGACUUUGGGCUGAAAAGUGUCAAGAACACAUCCAGGACUAAAUCAAAGAGUCAAAUGAAGAAAAUCAAGCCUGUUUUUGUUUUGCAUUAUGGCAUUUUGAGAACCGUUAAACGCCAAAUUCUAAUUUUAAUCAUAUUUUUGUAAUUCCCUUCACACUUAAAUUUUUUUUAUUUGGUGUGCAACAUGCAUAUGAUGUAUAAACAUUAUUUUGAAAAUGAGAAAUGUAUUGAAAUUCCAUUUCAAUAUUAAUGGACCUAAAAAUAAUCUUAUUUAUAUAUAUAUAUAGUUUCAUUGGGUUUUUGAAGUGAAAUAUGACCUGGACGUGUUCUUGACAACUGAAUGCAACUAAACUGAUAAACUAGAUCAUCUUUAUGUUCUGCUACUGAAAAUGUCAACGUUUUGUGUCCGUACGCAACAUUCAUUCUGAGGGUCGUGAAUGAAGCUCCUACAUGCUUGAAAACAAAAAUACAGAACUUUCAUAAAUGAUAGUGUUUUUCUUAAUGUGCACUGCUUGACCUUCAAAACUGAGGGGCGAUUAAAGAAAAAUGAAAACAAAA